AUGAGGAAGCUGGUAAUCUCCAAUAAAUUACGAGUGGGCGUGGUUUUGGCGGCGGCGUUGUUGGUUAUGGCCGCACGUCCCACGAUCUCGACCAAAGGAUCAGUUUACAUCGAGAAUAGUUUGCCGACCAGCGAGGUAACGGCGAUCUGUCAAUCCAAAGACGACGAUAUCGGAAGACAUGACAUUGCCGUCGGCGACAGCAUUUCUUGGAGUUUCAGAAACAACCCGGGUUGGUCGGAAACGCUGUUUUGGUGCGAUCUGAACGCCACUGAUUAUGGGGUUCUUUCUUUCGACGCUUAUAGAGGUAAGAAGGCCAAAAUUUACAACUAUCAUUACUUUUGGUUCGUCGAGGAAGAUGGAGUUUACGUGCAGAACCAGUACGGUAUAGUAGAAACAUUGCCUACCAUGUCGUGGGGGAAACUGGAUUAA